AUGUUACAAAUUCGAGUACUGAACGAAGAUUUGCAAAGAAAAGCUAAAGAAGAAUUGAAUGAAGUACCCACACGUAUAUACGAAGAUUUAAAAGCUUUGCGGAAAUGGAUCGAGGAACAAGCGCAUUUAUAUGCUAACAUCGAUGAUCAAUUUUUAAUUGCUUUCUUGCGAGGAUGCAAAUAUAGCCUGGAGAAGGCUAAAAAAAAAAUUGAUUCUUAUUAUACUUUGAAAAGCGCGUUUCCCACUUUAUGUAAUGUAACUAACGUGGACAGUGCACGAUUUCGGGAAAUAUUUCGCUUGGGUCCAUUUUUAUAUUUACCCAAACCUCUACAUGAUAAUGGUCCCCGUAUAUUUAUCAUGCGUGGCGGUCUUCCUACAGCCGAAAGAUUCACGGUGGAAGAAUUGAUGGCUGUCAAUCAUGUCCUGCAAGAUAUUUUGAUGUUAGAAGAUGACUAUGCUGUUGUUAACGGUUUGGUGAUGAUCAAUGAUUUUAAGACACUAGCUCUUACGCAUGUUCUCCAAGCGAAUCCAAUGUUUUUAAAAAAAUUUCUUACAUAUAAUUAUGAAGCGAUACCACUGCGUAUUAAAUCUAACCAUUUUUUAAACGCGCCUAAAAUGUUUGAUACUGUUUAUAACGUCGGCAAACCAAUGUUGCCGCUUAAACAGCAAGACCGAAUGUUUUUUCAUAGUUCCCUCGACUCGUUGAGCCGAUAUGUCCCUUUAAAGUAUCUACCAAACGAUUAUGGGGGCGAAAAUGGCAGCAUUGCAAAAAUAAUUGACGAAUGGGAUAAAAAGUUAGAUAAAUAUCGAGAUCACUUUAGUAAAAGCACUGAAUGGGGUAUUGAUGAGGAAUUGCGAAUCGGCGAAACUAAGGACCAAAAUGGCUUGUUCGGUAUUGACGGCUCUUUUAGAAAAUUAGAGGUCGACUAAAUUCAAGAAUAAUAAGUAGAGAAUAAAUUUCCAUUGAAACUUUAUUUAUUCAUAAACAAAUCUAUAAAUAUAAAUGGUUGUAUUAUUUGCGUAAAAUUAUAGACAUCACAGUUAUUGACACUUCAAUCGAUGAGAAACAGGUUUUGCCACGAAUAUAAUGCAAGCGUAUCAUUAGAUCUAUAAAAUA